UAUCAGACUGGCAUCUCUGCUCUGGGCUCAGUCCCAGGUGCAGGUGGCACAGAGCAGGUGCCCGCCCAGGGAUUGACGGGGAGCUGUGAUGUCACCGCGCUGGCGCUCCCCCUGGUGGACGUCCCAGCUAUGACACCGGCAGGGAGGCUGACUCCAGUGUGUGUCCUGGGAGAGCACUGAGCAGCUGAUCAGGACCUGGCUGCAGGAUCAGGGCUGGGGAGAAGCAGGAGGCAUUGUAUGGCUGCUGCUGCUGCUGCCACUGCCUAGAGAACAAAGCAUGGAGGAAGAGGAGGGAGCAGCCUGGAGCUGGCUCUAUCAGCAGCACCAUGAGAGAAUGAUAAAGAGACAGAACUCAAGGCUGGCAGCAGAUCGCAAUGCAGGUCGCUCACAUAACCCCAGUCUUCUACCAAGUUCAAGGAUCACUUGCUAGAAGAGUGCAGGACGAGUGCUGAGCAAUGCCCGUGGUACCAGAAACGUGGAUGGCUCUACUGCUGUGAGGGGAAGCAGGCUUGGGUUGCAUUCGGCUGACUUGACGGGACAGAUUGCGUCACCGAGGAGGAGAAGAAGAGAAGAAGAAUCAGCUCAUUCAUGAGUUAUCACCGGGCUGUGAAAGGAAUGCUUUCUUUCGAGGGAUGAUUUUUUUGACCAGUCUGUAGACAAUCAUCGAAAGCUUGGAAAUCAAGAACGCUCGCAGCCGGUUGCUUGAAAGGCAUCACUCUCAUAUUACGUCACGAGAUGGGUAUAAAACCAGCUGUCCACCCCUGUGUGAAACCUGUGCAGGACAGGCAAUCUCUGGGCUAACACGGAUAUGCUUGGAUGUCUUAACUGAAGAUCCAAAAAUAUUCAACCCCAAUUUUCAUCUCCAUUGAAAUUAAUACAUUUUGUAAUUUUUGUUUAUGAGACACUUUCAACAACUUUUUGAAAUCUGUUCGGCUUAUAUUUUACAACAGAUCUUCCCAUAAUUGGCAUUGCCAUGGCAGAAAAGUGUGAUUUCAUUGCUAACAUGUAUGGCUAUGAUUUGGGUGUUCAUUUUGUGGAUUUUAAGCCGUUGGGUUUUGGGGCCAAUGGUCUCGUCCUUUCUGCCGUCGAUAGCAAAAAUUCUCGAAAAGUGGCAGUGAAAAAAAUUUCCAUUAGCGACUGUCGGAGCAUGAAGCACGCCUUUCGAGAGAUUAAGAUCAUCCGACGUCUCAACCAUGACAACAUUGUAAAAGUUCACGCCGUGUUGGGUCCCAGGGGGGCUGACCUUCAAGGAGACAUCUUCAAAUACAACGUGGUUUACAUUAUACAGGAACACAUGGAGACGGAUCUUUCUAGGCUGUUGGAACAAGGGCCUCUUAGUGAGGACCACGCCAAGCUUUUUAUUUACCAACUUUUACGGGGUUUGAAAUAUAUCCAUUCGGCCAACGUGCUUCACCGAGAUCUGAAACCAGCCAAUAUCUUCAUUAAUACGGAGGACCUCGUACUCAAGAUCGGAGACUUUGGCUUGGCUCGUAUUGUGGACCAGCAUUACUCCCAUAAGGGUUAUCUCUCGGAAGGGCUGGUGACAAAGUGGUAUCGAUCUCCUCGACUUCUCCUCUCACCUAAUAACUAUACCAAAGCCAUUGACAUGUGGGCGGCCGGGUGCAUAUUAGCGGAAAUGCUGACGGGGCGGAUGCUUUUUGCAGGUAGUCAUGAACUGGAGCAGAUGCAACAGAUUUUGGACACAAUUCCCGUCAUUCACAAAGAAGACAAGGAAGAGCUGCUGAAAGUGAUGCCAUCAUUUGUCAACUCCAACUGGAAAGUCAAGAGGCCACUGAGGAAACUUCUGCCAGAGAUGAACCUGGAAGCCAUCGAUUUCUUGGAGAAGAUUUUGACCUUCAACCCAAUGGACCGUUUGACAGCUGAAGCCGCACUACAGCAUCCAUAUAUGACUCCAUAUUCCUGUCCGGAGGAUGAGCCAAUAUCCAUGCACCCCUUCCGCAUUGAGGAUGAAAUUGAUGAUAUUUUACUAAUGGAAGCAAGUCAGAGCCAGUUAUCCAACUGGGACAGGUAUCAAGUGAGUUUAUCCUCGGACAUGGACUGGAGACAAGAUCAGAGCCUUGGUAUGAGUGAUGUCCAACGUGAUCCCCGUGCGGGGUCAGGAUCCCAGGCAGAAGAAGCUCAAGUUGAUCCUCGAAAAUACUCUCAAAGUAGCUCAGAAAGGUUCCUAGAACAAUCCCACUCCUCAAUGGACCGGGUUUUCGAGGGAGAUUGUGGAAGGUCAUGUGAGUAUAAAGUAGGGUCUCCAUCCUAUCUGGAUAAACUACUAUGGAGAGACAACAAACCCCACCACUAUUCAGAACCUAAACUAAUAUUAGAUCUUUCCACCUGGAAACAAACCACUAUCCCACCCACAGGUGACCUUGCACGGGAAGAAGAGCCAUCCAACCUCUUUUUGGAAAUUGCUCAGUGGGUCAAGAGCACCCAGAUAGGUCUUGAAUGUCCAGCGAGCCCUGUUUCUGAGACACAAGAGGACCAUGAACAGUGUCAACCAUGUCCUCCUCCUCACACUCCAAGGGAUAUCGCUAAGAAUGCUGAAUCUUCUUUUGAUCUGGAUGUUUUUAUUACCAGGGCACUCAAAUUAUGUACUAGCCAAGAAGAAAUGGCAGACAACAAACUCAACGAUAUCAACGGGGCUUGUAUUUCCGAACACCCGAAUGAUAUAGCACAGAAGGAAGUAUUUCAGAAGGACAGGUGGUAG